AUGGAAGUGAAGCUCAACAUCAACGUUGAUGAUGGAGGACCAAGUGAUGUGUGUGGCGGCGAUCUGGCUUCUCCAAAGUCAGGUGGUGGUGAUGGUUGCUGUAGAGAAAAUAAGAGAGAGAGUUUGCGUGGGUUGCGGGGUUCUUGGGUCUCCAAAGUGCAGCGGCCAUGGGUGGUUGCCGACGAGAAAGAUGAACUGGUUUUGGCAAGGAAAGUGAAAGACGAAGAGAAGGGAGGUGACAAUCAUACGGACUCCGAAUCAUCCGCCCCGCAAACAAUCGAGACUCCUUUGAAUAGCGAUUCCUCACCAGGCUCGUCUACUGGUUACUCUCCAGAGGAUCGUCUUCGCCGCUUCAAGCAGAUCCUCCCUCGCUCAGCCUUAUAUCUUCUUCACGAGGAACAAUUUCUUCGACAGGCUUCUCAGUCGACGAUGAGGGUGAAGCAAUCUAACAGGCUCCCUCAGGAAAACGAUCCGCAGGUUGCCCGCAGAGCAGUACAGAAGGUGGUAAAGCGCAAUCAAACCUGCACUACCACAGUUUCAAGAAAGCCUUCUCUGAAAUUUGCUACUGCGAUCCUGGAUUUGGCUGUUCAGAAGCCACGUGAUGAGGGAGAAGAAGAACCCUCCUGGUUCGUUGCCGAAGCCUCAAAACUUAAUCCCGUUCUAUUCCAGAAACACAUUGAAGCUUUAGGCUUGAGUGGGGCAAACAUGACGUGUCCGGGCUCGCAUCAAAGAGCCAAUAGGCCCGGUGGAAGGUACUGUGCCUGGUCCAGGUACCAUGUACAAGCUGGAGCAACACUCCCGCUGCACAUCUAUUUCCGGUCCGUAGCAGACUACUUCAACAUCUCCCCAUUUCAGAUCACGCCGAAUGGGAUACAGGCACUCUCCGCGCUGUAUAUUCUUUAUUUUCUGAAUGGUUGGGACGAGCCCACCCCUCAUGAGGUGCAUUACCUGUUUGAUCUUCGGACCAACCCUUCUCACAACAACUCAGGCUUCUUCCAUUUCUAUCACAGGCAUAGGGGGGUUACAUAUCUCAAUGGCAUCUCCCAUAAGUCAAACGCCGGGAAAUAUCAUAAGGAAUACUUCCUCACAUUGGAUAUUGAGGCCAACAACUUGGCUUUUACGCGCUCGGGUCCGUUUGAGCGACCAUUGCCUACUGAAGGGAUGUUUAGGCGGGCCAAGAAAUUGGCUAACAUGAGUCUUAAAGAGAAGGAUGUAAAAAAGUUGGUCACGCUGGACCUUCUUCAGAUGGUGAGUCUGGUGCCAUGUGAGCAGGAUCUGGUGGUGGAAAGUACCACCGGGGAGAACGACACGCCUGGUCAGUCUACCGAGGGCACAGAGCAAAUGACUGAUCGGCAUUCUCCUGGGCCUUCUCCGCUUUCCCGUAGACCUGGCGACUUAGUCAUUAGAGAGCCUGAUCCUCAGCGUAGAUCUACUAUUCCCGCUCAACCUGGGAAAGGAAAAGCUAUCCAGGUUGAAGGGGAACUUAGCUCAUCCUCGGACGACGAGGAUGAGUUCCUUGAUCAGAUCUUCAACGCAGAUUCAGACAUGUUCAGAGAUUGCGUUGCUUCAAAGAGGAAAACUGGUGAUGGAAGUGGCUCUAUGCCUCCACAGAAGAUUCAGAAGGUAGUACCGCCAAGUCAAGGGAGGCAACCUGGGGGACCGACUACACUUCCGCCAUUGACCCCCUCUUCCCUUCCUCCUUCUGCGAGCCUAACUCCUACUCACCAGGGUAGUUCGAGUGAGCUUUUUCGUGCUGUUAGUGACCUGGGCAAGGGGCUUCUUGAGGAUAUUGGCCGUGAUGCAUCGACGCUUCAAAGCCUAGACUCCUACCCUCGACUUAGUGUCGAAGUUGUCUUGAAGAGAGGACUCGCUCAAUUGAUGAAGUCACUUGUCACCAUUGGUCAUGCUCAGCUUCGAGCCGUAGACUACAAGGAGCUGAUCAAGGUGCAGGACGAUCAACUGGUGGAGGCCAGAAUUUGA